AUGCUAGGUAUCAAAUGCACAGUGUUUGAACGAGAACAUUACCUUAACGAGCGCCCGCGCGACUGGGGCUUUGGCAUAUAUUGGGCGCAGAGCUCGCUCAUAGAGUGCCUUCCGACAUCGCUCCUCAGCAGAUUGAACACUGCCCAGGGCGACCCCUUGCGGACUCCGAGGCCGAAAAAUUAUAUGCGGCUCAUGAACGGGGAAACGGCUGAAGAGCUCUCACAUGUUCAGUAUGGCAACAGACUCAGCACCUUGUCCAACAAUACUCACAAAGGAGAACCAAGAGUCGCAGCAACCUUCGAAGACGGCUCCAAAGCUGUAGGCAACCUAGUAGUCGGUGCAGAUGUCUCGAAGUCCAUAGUCAGAGAUUAUGUACUCGGCCCGGAAGCCGCUGCCAUGCAACCGCUUCCGAUUAUGGGCAUGCGUGCCACGUUCACAUUGCCAGCUGGCAUUGCAAAGAAGAUGGUCACUGAGCCCCAGGGUCAGUUUGCCGCGAUUACUUAUCAUCCUGCGGGAUGUUGUGCCUUCUUCUCCAAUCGUGGCCACGGUCUCAACAACGCCGUGCACAACGCCGGCAGUCUUUGUCGAGCCCUUGAUGAGCAUAUCCAUAACGGGAAGCCGCUUUCAGACGUUAUGGCAGCUUGUCAGACUGAGGUUGUGGAGAGAGGUAGAGAAGCUGUCAUUUCUUCGGGGAGGAACUCGAUGAUGAUACUUGACUGGGAGCAGUUGAAGCAGUCUCCCAUCUUUACACAAGGCGUUGUUGGCCGUGCCAAUGGUGGACAAUGA